UUGUGGCUGUCUGCAUGGUGACACAUCUCUGAGGGGAAAAAAUUUUUGCUACCUGUCAACACAGAAUACUUGGUAUACCUGAGCAUUCAACCAAAUUAUACUGUCGGGAAUGCGAGAACACGUCCGCCACGGGGUCAGAGCAAGAGUAGGUUUGGCGAAGAUCAGAGCGGCUGCCUCGUUUGAAGCGGGUGCAGAGUUUCGGGUGGGCUCUACUCAGGCUCCCAGAGCUCCAAUUCCUCCCGUCCCUCGAUCAGAUCCUGCGGGAUACCGCCUGCCUCAUGCUCACGGCCCGGGACUAGCCCCGCGAAUCGAGUCCCACUUACCUAUGCCGCGCGGCGUGGCACUGUACAUAUCAUCGAGCAUUGCUUUUGGUGACACAAGAACAUCCAUCACAUUGCAUACGAGGCGCCCCGCCACCGGUAAUGCCAUCAGUAACUGAACUUUUCGACCGCAAAAGUGGUCGCCUUCGCCUCCUGCCCUGACCAGGCCCUUCACAUCCUCGACAAUGCCUCCGGGCCCAAAUCAAACCCAACACAUACCCUCUCGGCGGCGGUGUUGUGAUAUUGGGCAGUCGUGGCUUCUAUUAGCAUGUGCCUAGAACGCUUAGCGGAGUUGCCCAGGGUAUGCCUGAGCUGCAGACAA